ACUGUGGCUUAAAGCCAGGCCUCCUUUGGAAGACCGGUGCUGCAUUAGAAUUAGAGUUCCUUCUGGACAGCAUGUGCUGCAACAGGAAGUCUACCAACCUGUGAGAUGGAACAGCAUAUUCCCAUCUGUUGCUGGCCAGCUGUCCUGUACAUACCCCUCCUUUUCAUGAGAUCAGCCUGACAGCAGUAGUUAUGCUCUUGAGCCAUCAUGUAGCUGAGCUGCAAGCAUGAAUCACAAGGGUCUAAUUGGAGAAGAGACAGAGACCAAAAAUGCCACCUGCAACAGGAGCGCCAGAUUACCCACCUCCUGAUGGAGGCUGGGGAUGGGUUGUGGUCUUUGGGGCUUUUAUCUCCAUUGGAUUUUCCUAUGCUUUCCCCAAAGCCAUCACAGUGUUCUUCAAAGAAAUACAAGAGAUCUUCCACACAUCAUAUAGUGAGAUAGCUUGGAUAUCAUCAAUAAUGCUUGCUGUCAUGUAUGCAGGAGGUCCCAUAAGCAGCAUUUUGGUGAAUAAGUAUGGUAGCCGGCCUGUGAUGAUAGCAGGGGGUAUCCUCUGUUCUUUUGGAAUGAUUGCAUCCUCCUUCUGCAAUAGUGUCCUUGAGCUGUAUAUAUGUAUUGGUGUGGUUGGAGGUCUGGGUUUAGCAUUCAACUUACAGCCUGCCUUGACCAUGAUUGGCAAGUAUUUCUAUAAGAAGCGUCCCAUCGCUAAUGGAUUGGCAAUGGCCGGAAGUCCAGUGUUUCUGAGCACAUUGGCACCUCUCAAUCAAUUCCUCUUUAAUGCUUUUGGCUGGAAAGGAAGCUUUCUUAUUCUGGGUGGACUUCUUUUGAACUGCUGUGUGGCUGGGUCACUUAUGAGACCUGUUGGACCAAAAAAAGCCCCUCCUGUGAAAAAAGAUGUUGAAAAAGGCACAGGAGAUUCUGCCUUGCACAAAAACAACAAGAAGUCUUGUUGGCAAACUAUGAAUAAGUAUCUAGAUCUGUCCCUUUUCAAACACAGAGGGUUUCUGAUAUAUUUGUCAGGAAAUGUCAUUAUGUUUAUUGGUUUCUUUGCUCCAAUAGUAUUCUUGGCUCCUUAUGCCAAGCACAAGGGAAUUGAUGAAUAUUCUGCUGCAUUUUUGCUCUCUAUCUUAGCCUUUGUAGACAUGUUUGCUAGGCCUUCCAUGGGACUUGUAGCAAACUCCAGGUUUAUCCGGCCAAAGAUUCAGUACUUUUUUAGUUUUGCUGUCUUGUACAAUGGAGUCUGUCAUAUCUUGUGCCCUCUGGCAAAAAAUUACACCGGCUUGGUGAUAUAUGCUGUAUUUUUUGGGUUUGCAUUUGGAAUGGUUAGCAGCGUUCUUUUUGAGACCUUGAUGGACCUUGUUGGAGCUGCCAGAUUUUCCAGUGCGGUGGGACUUGUCACCAUUGUGGAAUGCUGCCCUGUGCUUAUAGGCCCUCCUCUAGGAGGUUGGUUAGUAGAUGUUACUGGGGAAUAUAAGUACAUGUAUUUUGUCUGCGGAGUGAUCGUGACUGUGGCCAGUAUCUGGUUGUUCAUUGGCAAUGCCAUCAACUACAGGCUUUUGGCAAAAGAAAAGAAGUUAGAAGAUGAAAAGCUGAAAGCACAGAAGAACGCCGACCCAAAGGAAGCAGAACCAUUAACAAACAAUGAGAAUGAAGAUGCUUCCAGCAGAGCUGAUAAAGCUCCUGAAGAUCCAUCAGAAAGAGAAACCAAUAUUUAAUCUGAAAUAUAGCUAAGAAGGCAACAUUUAUGACUUCCAUUAGGAAUAUGUCUUCAAGACACAGGCCAGGUUUUGUGGUAAUAAUGAUCAGUCACAAUAUUGGAUGGAAACAAAUUUUUGCCCUAUGGUAAGACUCAAAGCUAAAUUACUAUCUACAGUUAAUUUGUUUCAGAGAUACAAAAUUACGAUUACAGAGGUAGUGACUCAAUGCAAAUGAGUCCGUUGAAUUUUGACUCUGGACAAUCAAGAGUCAGAUAAACCAUGCUAUAAAGCCUUCCAAUGACAGUUUUGUUUCAGAAGUGUAUCUAGUGCAAGAGUAUCUCCUGCUCUUAUUUGGGAAGAUACUUGCAUUUAUCUUUAUGAUGUGGUUAAAGUCUUUUGAAAUAAUCUGUCCAAAUUCUACUUACCAUUAAUUUUAAAGAGAACAUAAAGUCUAAGAUUUGUUUCAAAAGAGACAUAAUACCUGACUGUAGCACACUGAGACAUUCUUCUCUUUUGUACAUCCACUUGAUAAAAAAUAUGGCUGCAUAUGUAAUUAUGGAUAUAAAAGUUAAGUGUAGGAGACAAAUAAUUGGUGAUCACACCUCUAAAAUGCAAUAAAAAGCUGAUUUAUAAUAUAUUCCAGAAGUAGUUUCCUCCAGUGAUAACUGAUUACAUAGUACUUCAACAUGUACAUUUGAAUUCAAAGUAUGUUCACACCUUGCUAAUUCAAACUAGCUAAAAUCUGCCUGUACAUAAAGGGUUUAAACCCAAGUUUUACAUUUCUAACAAGAGUGGCAAUCAGUUUGUUUGCCUAUGUAUUACUCUGUAGCUGAAGGAUCUGGAUCAGACUGUGAAGCCAUUUUCCUAAAGGGACUAGAUUCAUAAUCUGCUGAUGUUAAAAGGAUACUAACCCUUGGCUUUUGUGGCCUUAAUGAGUUUCAUGACAAUGACUUCAAAGUAGAUGAAAGCCUUAUUGACAAGUCGUUAGUUGUUUGAUGGUGUCUUGAGAGGAGAUGUAAGAUCUAACUUCUGAUCUUUGCAGAUGGGUAGCUUCCCAGUUCCCACUUCCCUUUCCCAGGAAUUUAGUGAAAAGCUACUUCUUUUUUUGUAGUGCUGCUUUGAGCAAAAAUGCUGCAAGGCACCUUGACAAUGCCAGUCUGGAAGCUUUGUAUUGACACACCAGUUUUAUGCAGGAUGUUUAGUCUUGUGUCUACAAUUUCAUGCAGACCAUCAUAUAAAUUAAAAUGUACACAAUUGUUCCCCUUCCUUUAGACAAAACAAGGCAUAAACCUACAAUUUUACUUUACACAAAUUGUUUAGUACUGCUUUAAAAGUGAAAGCUUCUGAAGAUAAUAAGCGAAAUUAUUUCUGUUCUAUUUCUAGGUAAGGAAAGGUGCUAUUCAUUUUGGAGGGAUGCUUAUAAAUGCCUCAAAAAUUGUGAAAAUUAAGGGUCUGAUUCAUAAAACAUUUAUGCACUGUUUAUGCAGGAUACACCUACAUUCAAUUCCAGGAAAAGAAAAUUAUUCAUUUUAGUCCUCUUCUAAAUCCCAAAAAGUUUGAAAUAUAUUGGACAGAGAGCUAACUGUGAUAAACACACUUUGAAGUGCCAAUAACAAAAUUAAAAACUCAAUAGUAAAAUCUAGUAGAUACGGGAGAGCUUUUAAGAAAGUAAUUUCUUAAUAUUAUUAUGUUCAAAAUUAUUUUAAUUUUUCUUCUAAAAAUGUGGAUAGUGCUUGCUUCUGUUUUACUGGUUUAUCAUUUCAUAGAGUUCCACAAUAUUGCUUAUUUUUUUUAAUUUUCUCAUCACUGUUUUGGGGAGAAAUAUGAAUCUACUCUCAUCAUGGUACAGAAUUUGAUACCUACUUUUUGCCUAGUUAUAUUCAGGAAAACCAAACUUCUCCAACAAAUCCUAUAAAUUUUUAGGAGCAUCAGAAUCAAAAUAUGUGCAUUUCAGAGUUUCGGGAUAAAAUAUGGGUUGCAUGUUCAGACUCAAGCUGUGUACUUUGUAAAGAGAAAUGAUUCAGUCCCAGGAAAACUACAGUUCCUCUCCCAAGCCCCAGCUUCAGAGAGGAAGUAAAUUCACUGCACCUGCAUCAAACCUUAGCCUUGCCAGCACCCCAUGACAUGAAGCAUUGCUCUCUUUAUGGCUGUACAAACACACUGAGUGAAUUC